UUCUCUUUGGUACUUACAUAAAAGUUUAACUUCCAAACAAUGUUGAUGUUGAUUGUUGAAGAAGCAACAAAAUAUGUUUUUGUGCCAGAUCAGAUAAAUGUCAUAUGUCAGUUGUAAAGUAUUUAUUUUUAAUUGAAACAAGUUUUUUGUUGUGAAGUACUAGUGUUGUUGUUGCUUACAUUUUAGAAAAUUGACUCGUGAAUAUGGUUUAAAUUCUUCAAAAUACAGCUAUAGGAUUAGUGCUAAAUUGUAAUAAUCAAGAUGUCUUGCAGUUCAGUGGAAGAUAUUCCUGAACAAUGUAAAGACCUGUUCACUCAAGAUGGGGUUCUACUCAAGGCGAGCAUUGGUCGUUCAAUCAGCGAUCUUAAUUCAAUUGGCAUGCUCUGUAUUGUUCAAAAUAGUGAUGGCACAAAAUGCAUUGAAUGGCGUCCGAAUGAUCUUAUAACUAUCGACUCUGACACACAAGACCAGGAAUGGGCAGUUGUUAACACUAUUGGUCGGCGUCAAAGAACUCUGAGCGGGAACAUGACAUCAGAUUAUGCAGCUGCCCGAGCAAGAAUCAUCCGAAUACCACUCGACGAGCUAAAAACAUUCAAAUGUUCAAGAAACAACCAGCAGAUGCAAUUUUCAACAAAACAGGGCGUUUGGCAGAACACAUUUUACUUUCAACACGGAAACGCUGAAAUAUUCGUCGCUUAUCUAAAAAAUCAUGUGAAAACGGCUAAAACAAGACACGACAGGAACACGUAUGUCGUUGUCGAGCCAAAUAUCGAGUCUCAGGUAUUGAACCGCUCGUUUGCUGAACUCGAUAUAUUCACGGAGAACACAACAGACGUCGUUUGGAACUUGGUUUCGAAUUUUAAACAGAGGCCGUAUGAAACGACUUUAGAAGCAUUCUCUAAACUUACUGAUAUUGUUUAUUACGGCAACGAAGGUAUGAACGGCAAGAGGGACGUAUCUGAAGAAGUGGCAGAGCUCCUGACGAAGAGCAUGAGCGCGUUGGAGGACACCACCACCGUGACCAGAACUGAUGAAUACGAAGUCAUCAACGUUAAACCAACUUUACCACCGAGGCCUUGUAUACCCAGAGGAACUCCUUUGUCGACAGAAAAAUGGGAGGGCUUGCAGGACCCAGAAGGUCGAGUGACAGAAAUAGAUGGUGUCAGACAACUUAUUUUUAGAGGCGGUGUUGCUCAUUCGAUAAGGAAUUCAGUUUGGAAAUACCUUCUAGACUACCAUCCCUGGAGGAUGACUGACGCGGAAAUCAAAAUUCUCCAGAAGAGAAAAACAGAGGAAUAUUUCUCCAUGAAGCUCCAAUGGAGGUCAAUGACAGAUGGUCAAGAAUCGAGGUUUUCGGAAUACAGGGACAGAAAGAGUUUGGUCGAGAAGGACGUCAAUAGGACGGAUAGGACACACCCGUUCUUCGCCGGAGAUAAUAAUCCGAAUUUGAUGGUUUUGCAAGAUAUAUUAAUGACUUAUGUCAUGUACAACUUCGAUUUGGGCUACGUGCAAGGAAUGAGCGAUAUAUUGGCGCCAUUGUUGUUGUUGUUGGGGAAUGAAGUGGAUACGUUCUGGUGCUUCGUUGGAUUCAUGGAGAAAAUUGCAUCAAACUUCGACAUGGAUCAAGCUGGCAUGAAACAGCAGCUAGUUAACUUACAACAGCUACUGACGUUCGCGAGUCCCGAGCUAGCGAAACAUCUGGCUUCGAAGGACUCUGGGAAUAUGUACUUCUGCUUCAGGUGGCUAUUGGUUUGGUUCAAGCGGGAGUUUUCACAUCGGGAUAUUAUGAGGCUAUGGGAGGUGCUAUGGACGGGUUUGCCAUGUGCGAACUUCCACUUGUUCAUCUGUGUUGCCAUACUCGACUCCGAGAAAGAUGUGUUAAUCAGCAAAGACUAUGGGUUUACUGAAAUAUUGAAGCAUGUCAAUGACCUCUCAAUGUGCUUAGACGUUGACCGGAUACUGAGCACAGCGGAGGGUAUCUACCACCAGAUCAUAUCGGCACCACACCUCUCGGACCAGAUCAGAAUUAUCCUGGGCAUCCCGACAGUUGGUUCUAGACCAGAACCAGAACCUGAGCCAGAACCGCAGACCAGUCAGACCAAUGGUAAUGUAGAGACAGACCCAGGACAAACGGAUAUGGAGGAAGUUAUGUAUCAAAUAGGCUUAGAUAUGAAUUUCUAAGGUUACACUCGAAUAUAAUGGACUACAAAUUUCUAUUGUGACGAAAACUGUUUGGGCGCUUCUAGCGUAGUAUUAUAAAUAAAUAUAUCUAUGUAUAAUAGAGACUGCAUGACGAGUGAUAAUUUUAUAUUUUUAUAUAAAUAACGCACUAAUAAUUCAAUUUAUAAAGAUAAAUCUAUUAAAUAUCAUCUCGGAUGAGGAUGCAUUUGGAAGGCAUUUUAAUUCUAAAUCCUGUAUCCUCCAUUGUUUUUAAAAAGUUGAAAUAUUUUCUGCCCAAUACAAGGUCUGAAUCCGAAUAAAAAGCGUUUAAUAUCGAAUCAGUUUUAUUUCAAUAUUAGUAUUUAUUGAUUUUUUUUUUAUUUAGAUUUUUUUGCAAUACAAGGUUCAAAAUAAAAGAGUAUUUUCUAGCACAGUUAAAUGUGCCUAAUCAAUAAUGAUGUUUUUAUUUGAUACAAUAGCUUCCUUAUGUGUACAAAAAAUGUUAAUCUUUUGUUUCAUUUAACUUUGAUAAAUUACAUUUAAUGUUGUUAUAUUUUCUUUGUUUCAUUGUAUAAAACAAUAAGUUUGUUCUUCUUGUAUUUUACUCAAUUCGUUAUGUAAAUUGUUGAAAGGGAACGUCAAUUGUUCAUAAAUCUUCUUUUCUAUUUAUAUUUUCACUGUUAAUAAAUAUUAAAAAAUAA